UUUUUUCAAAUUAAACCUUAUCCUUUUGCAUAUAGCACAGGUUACAUACUAUAGUUAACUCUGCAUAACUCUGAACUAUAUGGUUUUGCCCAUUUAGCUAUCACCAAAGGAGAUGUGAGUGCGGGGCGAACUGUUACAAGGAAGGCAACUCGAAACAAAAAUGUUGGCCAUGGCGAGUCCCUGUUCUACUGCAUCCACACCCUGCACUCGAAGAUUAAAUUCAUCCCUGUCAAUUUCGAAACUACCCACAUGUUCUUUAUCUCACAUUUCCCCAAAAUUCAAAUCUUUCGCAGAAAGGGAAAUUCAUGUCACGAGAGACAGGAUAGCAACAAAAGCAUCCCAAAGCUUAAUAAAAACAAUGCAAGCACCAGGCGUCGAAGACGAUUACAUUCCUGAAGAGUACCGCAAGAUAUUUGAAGAAAUCGAAAAGCUUGGCCCUGUUAUCUCGAAGAAAACUUGGUAUCCAAAGGCAGCUGAUCAUGAAAAUAUCAAAAAAACGUGGUAUAUUGUUGAUGCCACUGACAAAGUCCUUGGAAGGCUAGCUUCAACCAUAGCUAUACAUAUUCGAGGAAAGAAUCUACCAACCUAUACUCCAAGUGUAGACAUGGGAGCAUAUGUUGUCGUGGUGAAUGCAGAAAAUGUAGCUGUUACAGGAAAUAAGAGGAAUCAAAAGGUGUAUAAGAGGUACUCGGGUAGACCUGGUGGGUUAAAGGAGGAAACCUUUGAUUGCCUGCAAAAGAGAAUUCCAGAGCGUAUUAUUGAACAUGCAGUCAGGGGCAUGCUUCCUAAAGGACGUCUGGGUAGACGACUUUUCACACAUUUGAAAGUUUACAAAGGGCCUAAUCAUCCACAUGAGGCUCAACAGCCCAUGCCACUGCCAAUCAUGGACAAGAGAAUAAUGAUAGAGAAGUGAGCAGUAUUUAGGCAGAUUUACAAUUUUCAUCCGUCCUAUGUAUGUGGUUGUAUGUUGGCAUCUGCUCAUGUAAAAUUUUUGAAAUCAGAGUUUUUGGCAAUAUUGAACUCUGCAACAUGGAUAGAAAUAUCUUUGUAGAAACUAGCUUUAAGAAGCUAUGUUCAUUUGUUCCAAUUUCUUUUUCCUCUUUUGUACUUGUGGCAUGGAGAUAGCAUUGUAUUUGGACAUUUGGUAUUCUAACAUCAAAUAUAGUUCAAUCCGAUGAGUGUAUUUUUGAGGUUCUUAA